AAUUUUUGUUAGGAAAACCCUAAACUUGUAAAAAUUUUAAAAGCUCAAAAAUUUCCCUCUAUUUGCAUCUUCAUAAAUCCCUCUCAAAAUUUGAAUUCUACCUAUCACAUUUUCUCUCUCGAAUUUCUCAACAAUUUUCUUUAGUUUUCUUUCUUGAUUUUCUUGGAGAAAUUCGGAGGCCAAGUUAUGAGAAAAGCAGCGAAGCGAGAGCCGGCCAACACUAGUGGUAGUAGUAGAGAACGAGUUAGCGACAAUGCGGAGCAACUCAGGUCCGUGAAGCGCGAGAAAGUGAGUCAUAGCCGAGUCGAUUUGGGCGCCGAUGAUGAGUCGACUCAGGCGAGUCAACAAGAUACGGUCCAGCGUAGAGUUCUUCGGUCGAAGUACCUCGCUGUAAUGAACAAGAUCAACGAUCAACGGGAUGAUUUGUCGAGAAUAGAUUCUCAGAAGUUCAACACAAUCAUUAACGAAGUUGAGAAUUUGCAUCAAUUAGUGCAGAAGCCAAGGGAACAGGUAACAGAUGCAGAAGCACUGUUGGAUAUUGCUAAUACAUUGGUGUCUUCUGUCCAGUCACAAUCCAAUGCGGGAGUAACACCAACUGAUUUUGUCAGUUGUUUGAUAUCUGAGUUUGGGCAAUCCAAUGGUAGGAGAUUAGCCUCCCAAGAAAAUACCCAAAUAUCAAUCAAUUGGGAAGAUAUUGGUCUUGCUAUUUCGCCGUUUUUAUCAACAUGCCAUGGUUGUUGCACCAUGAUUGGGCCUAUGAAUAGUGAGGUUAAACAAAGGAAGAAGAUUGCUGAUCGCAGAAAGCAUGAAAAGCCUACUCAAGCUGCAAGACCCGAGGAGGUUGAUAGCACUGAGGCAGAGAAGAAAACAGAUACAGAUAAGAAUAUGUCAAUAAUGUUUGAGAUCUUAAGAAGGAAAAAACGUGUUAGACUUGAAAGUUUAAUUCUAAAUAGAAUGUCAUUUGCUCAGACUGUUGAGAACAUGUUUGCCCUGUCAUUCUUAGUUAAAGAUGGUCGCAUUGAAAUAACUGUUGAUGAAAAUGGCUCUCAUAUAGUUGCACCUAGGAAUGCGCCAAGUGCCAAUGCUGUCAUGUCUGGCGAUGUUACAUAUAAGCAUUUUGUCUUCAGAUUUGAUUAUAAGGAUUGGAAGUUAAUGAUGGAUGCGGUACCUGCUGGGGAGGAGCUGAUGCCGCAUAGGGAAAAAUCAAACUCUUAUGGUGUUCCUCAGGCAGAACCAGCAGCAUUAAUCUCUCAAGCAGCAGCAUUAUGCACAACCCCAAUCAAGAAAUUAUCCAGGAACCGUGGCUUGGUAAUAAGAGAAGAAUCAGUUGUCGAAGAUUCACCUGAACUUGAAGAUGCAGUUGCUGGUAGAAGAGCCACCAAUAUGCUAAGGUGUAAGCGUAAACUCAUCUGAAGAAGAGGCUUGUUUUGAUGCUAUAAACUGGUACUGGUGGCUGCAUUUUUUGUUCAGAGUAAUGUCAUGUACAUAUGGUCAGGUAAAACCCAAAAUUGAUAAUCUUAUUUUGUAGAUAUUUAAACUCUGAUUCCGUGCCAUAGCUUUAAACUUAUAAGAAACCAUCUUGAAGAAUGCUCUUUCGUGUAACAAGUAUGGCACAACUAAUUUUGUACACCAACUAGGGACAAAUUUCAAUUCUAAUGAUUGAAAUUUGUUACAUUUUUGUAUAAAGGUUGGUUUUAUUGUGUCAAAAUUGUGUAUUGCCAAAACAAUUAGCAUUUUCCUUGUGCAUUAUCUCAGAUUGUUGUGCUGUCAAAAUUGUUAUGAAAUGAAGUCGAUGAAGCUCAUCUUUCAAGCCUA